UUCGCCAGUAUCAAAAUGCCGUCGUUUGAUAUCCCUGCUGAAUGGUUCGAGGACGAGCUGGACUACGACGAAGAUCCAGUAUUCCACUUCCCAGUGCCCAAUGUGGACGGAGCUGAACUCGAAUUCCAGGAUGCUCUAGACGCAGCAUUGGACGAGGUCCUCAACGAAGGGCUCGAAGUCGAGGACCAAUACGACGAUGAAGGAUCGCCACUGGAGAGCGACCAGGACAUCUUCGAAUCGCCGUACACAAGUUCAAUCGAGAUAUCAGAUUUUGAGGUCAGCUCCGACAGCUCCGAAGCCGUCGCUGAAGGUCGGGUAAAUCUGGCAGACAUAUCGGACCUAACGUUAUUGUCAUCAUCAUCACCUGAAACAUAUCAUUCAAAUAACGGAGUAUUCGAAGACAUUACCAAUAUGGAGGCAGAUCAGGAAUCCAUUGUCACCGAUGAGACGUCGAUUGACGAUGCAAAGAAACUAUUGGAAGACAUUUUUCGCGCCCAAGACGAGCUGGAAGACAGACUAGACUCUUUAGGAAAGAAGCUAGAUGAACUAAGGGAGGACAUCAAAGAAAAUAUUGCAGACUGUGAAAAAUUUAGAUCCAGCAUAUAG